UUACCUUCUGAAAGCUUCGCACAGUCAUUUUUGUUCACAUUAGUCUUCUGUUGUUUUUAUUGCCAUUACCUCUUAGAGAAGUUAUCAAAAUCCAUUCCAUGGCCAACAGUCAGCACUACGCAGACCGACGCACAAAUGUGCACGGGAAUAUAAACCUUUGGACUAAUGACGGGGAAUCUCUUCAUCAACUCUAUUUGGUGUCAUUUAAGAAUAUAAUCCAUGCUGCUGAGACUGUUCUCCUACUCAUAAGAAAUCAUUUUGCGUCCGCCCCAUUUCCCUGCCAUUUUUCAGUUCACCUGAGGUGGUGUCCAUUGUCCAGUAUCAAAGUCCAUUUUGAAAUCCAUCGGCCUGUGUUGCCAUUUUAUGAAAGCAGAAACAUCUUAACAUUAAUAUCAAAGUUUUGAGUUUCUUGAUGGAACGUAAUAGAGAUCGGCUUCAUGAAGAGCUGGCCACAUUUCCACACAAUUCAGUCCAGAUGCAAAGAUCAAAGUCAUCUGAACCCAGCUGUGUGUCCGUGAGGAGGAACCAGUCACUCUCUGAUCUUAGGUCUAGACUAGACCCUCCAGCACCCAGCUGUGUGUCCAUGAAGAGUGACUGGUCAAUGGAUCCUCCAUGUAACUUUAGUGGACACACUGAUCCUGGCUUUAGACUGGACCCACCAGAACUCAGCUGUGUGUCCAUGAAGAACGACCAGUCACUAGAUCCUCCUCAUAACUUUAGGGAACACACUGAUCUUGGGUCUAGCCAUGUCCCUCAACAUGCUGAUGCCCUCAAGACAUUUAGAUCAAAUGUGAGGGAAAAGUUUGAGUGUCUGUAUGAGGGAACAGCAAAGCAGGGAACCCCAACACUCCUGAAUGAGAUCUACACAGAGCUCUACAUCACAGAGAGCGAGAGUGGAGAGAUCAAUAAUGAGCAUGAGGUGAGACAGAUUGAGGCACAAUCCAGGAGAGCAGCAACAGAGGACACACCAAUCAAAUGCAGAGACAUCUUUAGAGCUUUACCUGGACAAGACAAAGCCAUCAGAACUGUGCUGACAAAGGGAGUCGCUGGCAUUGGGAAAACAGUCUCUGUGCAGAAGUUCAUCCUGGACUGGGCUGAAGGGAAAGAGAAUCAGGACGUCCAGCUCAUAUUUCCACUUCCUUUCAGAGAGCUCAAUUUGAUGAAGGAUGAAAAACUCAGUCUUUUAGAUCUUCUGCAUGUUUUUUUUCCUGAAACCAAAGAAAUGAAAAUAUCAAGUGAUGAAUAUAAAGUGUUGUUCAUCUUUGAUGGUCUGGACGAGUGUCGUCUUCCCAUAAACUUUGACAGCAGUGAGACUCUACAGGAUGCAACCAAAGAGACGUCAGUGCACAUGCUACUGAUGAACCUCAUUGUUGGGAAUCUGCUUCCUUCUGCUUUAAUCUGGAUCACCUCCAGACCAGCAGCAGCUGAUCUCAUUCCCUCUGAGUGUGUCCAUCGAGUGACAGAGGUACGAGGCUUUAGUGACCCACAGAAGGAGGAAUACUUCAGGAAGAGAAUCAGUGAUCAGAGUCUGACCGAGAGAAUUAUCUCACACCUGAAGUCUUCAAGGAGCCUCUUCAUCAUGUGCCACAUCCCUGUCUUCUGCUGGAUCUCAGUCGCUGUUCUAGAGAAGAUGAUGAGGAAAUCAUGGAAAGGAAAGAUCCCCAAGACUCUCACUGAAAUGUACACACACUUCCUGAUCAUUCAGACCAACAUCAAACAUGAGAAGGACUAUGAGAAGAAAGUGAAGGAUGAAGACAUGAUCCUCAAACUGGGGAAACUGGCUUUCCAGCAGCUUGUGAAAGGUAACCUGAUCUUCUAUGAGCAAGACCUGAACGAGUGUGGGAUUGAAUUGACAGAAGCAUCAGUGUACUCAGGAUUGUGCACUCAGAUCUUCAGAGAGGAGUUGGGCUUGUAUCAGGGGAAAGUCUUCUGCUUUGUUCAUCUGAGCCUUCAGGAGCAUCUCGCAGCUCUAUAUGUGCUGCUUUCAUUCCUGCUUGACAAGAGGGAUGUGCUCAAUGAAAACCUCAGCUCAAAACAUGCACAUGAGUGUCGCACAAUAUCUGACCUGCAUCAGAGAGCUGUGGACGAGGCUUUACAGAGUAAGAAUGGACAUCUGGACCUUCUCCAAUUUCUUCUGGGUCUUUCACUGGAGUCCAAUCAGAUGCUUCUGAAAGGUCUUCUGAUAGAUGUUAGAAACUUUUCUUACAGCAAAAAGAAAACUGCUUCGUACAUUAAAACAGAAAUAACAGCGAAUCCCUCACCAGAGAAAUACAUCAAUCUGUUCCACUGUUUAAAUGAAAUGGGUGAUCAUUCUCUCGUGAGUGAAAUCCAGAACUAUCUCAGAUCUGGAGAUCUUUCAAGCACCAGAUUGUCCUCAUCACAGUGGUCAGCUGUUGUCUUUGUUUUGUUGACCUCAGAGCAGUCAGAUAAAUUUGAUUUGAGUAAAUACGUAAGCGGCCAGUACAACGAAAACCACAUGUCACCUAAUGACAUUCUUCUGAAGCUCCUGCCUGUAGUUGAAGCCUCCAGAUCAGCUCAGGUGAGUAACUGUGGCAUCACAGAUGAAGGUUGUGCUGCUCUGUAUUCAGCUCUGAGGACAAACUCCUCACACCUGAGAGAACUGGAUCUGACAUUGAAUUCUCUAGGAGAUGCAGGUCUGACGCUGAUCUCUGAAGGACUGAAGGACCCUUGCUGUAGACUGGAGAAACUGAUGUUGAGAUAUUGUGAUAUCACAGCUGAAGGUUGUGCUGCUCUGGCUUCAGCGCUGAAAUCAAACUCCUCACACCUGAGAGAACUGAAUCUGACUGGGAAUAAACUAGGACAUAUAAGUGUGAAGCUGCUCUCUGAUGCACUGAAGCAUCCUCACUGUAGACUGGAGAUACUAAAGUUGAGGGAUUGUGGCGUCACAGCUGAAGGUUGUGCUGCUCUGACUUCAGCUCUGAGAUCAAACCCCUCACACCUGAGAGAACUGGAUCUGUUUGGGAAUAAACUGAGACAGUCAAGUGUGAAGCUGCUCGCUGCUUUAAAAGUUGAUCCACAUUAUAAACUGGAGAUGCUGUUGUAUUAAAUGAUGGUGAACAUGGGAUCACGACAGACUCAUUACAGCCAACAGAAUCAACAGAACUGAUGUCACAGUGAACAAGUGCUGAUUCACAACUUUAUUCAACAAUUUCUUUGUUAACAGUCUCCUCUGUGUCUCUCC